AUGGGUUUCGUCGGCGACACGGUGGAGUCGAUCCGCUCGAUUCAGGUCCGCCACGUGCUCUCGCAGAUCAUCAGCCUCGGUAUGAUUGUGACCUCGGCAUUGAUCAUAUGGAAGGGAUUGAUAGUUGUGACGGGGAGCGAGUCUCCGGUGGUAGUGGUUCUUUCUGGUAGCAUGGAGCCUGGAUUUAAAAGGGGUGAUAUCCUGUUUUUGCACAUGAGCAAAGAUCCUAUCCGCACAGGAGAAAUAGUUGUUUUUAACAUCGAUGGCCGUGAAAUUCCAAUUGUUCACCGUGUAAUUAAGGUCCAUGAACGUCAGGACACUGCAGAAGUCGACAUCCUGACAAAAGGUGACAAUAAUUUUGGGGAUGACCGACUUUUAUAUGCACACGGUCAGCUCUGGCUCCAGCAGCAUCACAUUAUGGGACGUGCUGUUGGCUUUCUUCCAUAUGUCGGCUGGGUUACAAUUAUCAUGACUGAGAAGCCAUUUAUUAAGUACCUGCUGAUUGGUGCACUGGGCUUGCUGGUCAUAACAACGAAAGAGUAA